AGGGCAGACUAGAGUCAGUGCAGUGGUCUCCCAGCAACACAGUGUAAAUAACUCGGUGGGGUUUUAAUACAGGUUAUGGGGCUUGAGAAAGAAGCGGAGAAAUGAAUGAAAACGCGGUUUGAUGCUGGUUACUAAUUGAAGUGAAGAGAGCGUUAAGUGCGACCUGAACGUAAGCUUCCACGGCUAAAAUUGCAGGAUCAUACAGACAGCUGAUGGUUGCUGUCUAAGCCAAUGGGGCUGUUUGACAAGUUGGCAGGAUGGCUGGGCUUAAAGAAAGAGGUGAACGUCCUCUGUCUCGGUCUGGACAACAGCGGAAAAACCACAGUCAUCAACAAACUGAAGCCCUCGAAUGCCCAGGUACAAGACAUUGUCCCAACAAUUGGCUUCAGCAUAGAGAAGUUCAAGACAUCCAGUCUUUCUUUCACAGUGUUUGACAUGUCUGGUCAAGGCAGAUACAGAAACCUUUGGGAACAUUACUACAAGGAAGGCCAGGCUAUCAUAUUUGUCAUUGAUAGUGCAGACAAACUGAGGAUGGUUGUGGCCAAAGAAGAACUGGACACAUUACUAAAUCAUCCUGAUAUUAAACACAGGAGGAUCCCCAUUCUGUUCUAUGCUAACAAGAUGGAUUUGAGGGAUGCUCUGACUUCAGUCAAGGUCUCACAGCUGCUCUGUUUGGAGAACAUCAAAGACAAACCCUGGCACAUCUGUGCCACCAAUGCUCUGACAGGAGACGGUUUACAGGAGGGAGUUGACUGGUUACAAGAUCAAAUCAAAACAAUGCGAACAUGAGGGCAUAAAGAGACGCCGGCCAGAGGUAGCAUUUGUUGAAGUCUUUUAUGGAAGAAGGGUUGACACUGUCUUCAGAGGAACCACUAAAAUUAAAUGUUUAUAAUGGGGUAAUUACAUUUUUAAUCAAUCAAAAAUAUCUGGUACAGUAAGGUAUUUAAAGAAUGUCAGUGAGAAAUAUCUGUAUGAAUUGGUGACUCAAGACAUUAUUUUAAGACAAGUGCUUGUGUUUCCAUAAAACUUGUAAUGUGAGUUUACAAAGUAAUAGUAAUAUUUAAAACAUGUAUUCACUAAAGAAAUCUGUUUCCAAUUAUGUUAUCCUCUUAUUGUGUCCUUUUUUCCUGCUGAGUCACAAUUCAUUUCCACUGCGCCAUUACAUCAGGGCACAAAUGCUCUGCUCUGAAAUUUUAUGGUCAUCGCUUGAGAGCGUCCAUAUAUCAGAUCUCCUUUUAAAAGAAGGAAAACUUUUGGAUAUAAAUAAAAGAAAUGGCCCUUAAGAUUUUUUUUCCACCUCUGACAUAUGCCAAAUGCUCAUGUAUUUUCUUUUUUCUUACGUUUCUCAGUGGAUACAUCAUGAUGUAUUACUUAUACAUUUCUUCAGCAUAGGCAAAUCAUCUGGUGUUUGUGUUGCUAAUACCAAAUAUUUUCAUGUAUUUCAGUGCAUCGCCUUUUCCAAGCUUGCAUAGAGGGCCGUUUCACUGCUGUGUUAAAAGAAAGCAACAACAGCUAUUAUUGUUAUUGCAGCUAACAUGACUUGCAGCUCUGCUUGCGUUUGAUUAGCGUUGUUCCAGUUGUAGUCGAACUGACAAAUUUGUAAAAUAAGUCCUACAUAGUUGUAUUAAUGGCUAAAAGUGUAGGGUCUACCUGUCAGUUAACCCAGUUGUAGAGUGAUUGUCACACAUGAUUAUAAUGCUAGCCUGUAAAGUUUGUUUAAAACUCAAAAUGUGUCUCUGCACUAUUUUUUUUUUUUUUUGCCUUAUUUCAUUGCUGAAAGGAAAAUAUAUCAAGCAUUGUGUUUCUUAGAAUUUACCGGUGGUACAUCAGUGAUUCAAAGGCAGAGAGCGAAACAACGCAUCUGCUCAGCUUGCACAAAGUUGAGAAUGCAAGCCUUUCAUCCUGUGUUUUAGCUGACUGAAAGCUUGCAUUAAAAUCAAGUGCAGAUCUGA